AUGGAGAUGAAAGCGAAACAAGGUCUCGUAAGAGACUUGGAUUUAACUCUUCAACCUCGCCCGGCACCACGUUACAAAGUUUGGCUGCCUCUGGCUACUCAACAGCUACGGCUGAGAAGCCUUUAUCAAAUAAUUGGCUACAAUUUAGAGACAGAUAAAAGUUUUGAAACAUGCUGGUUCUAUUUUACAUUACAUCGUUCGAGUAUGUCUUCACCUUUGUAUACUAGUGAACCAAUUGACCAUGUUAGUCCGAAAUGGUCAUCUUUAGAAGUGCCUACUUUACAUGCUACUGGUCUCUCUACUGCCAAUGAAAUAGUUUUACGGCUGUGGAGAAGAACAGUAGCCAAUGAUCCGACAACCGACGUUACAGUAUUCACCUGGGGAAUAUCAUUCACAGGUUUAGUUUAUAUGGGACCUAAGCUCUCUAACAAUUUAGAAUCAAUGUUAAGACACAAUUCACUAAUCUUCCACCUGUACGGUGGAUUUUUUGUACCAUCUUACUGCCUUCUUCAUCCACCGGAAUUUCGUAGAUAUUUGUACAUGAGUGUCAAUAACUCGGAGAUUUGUGACAGCUACACUGUAGGCAAGCUGAGUAAUCUACGAAGUUUGAUGCAGUCGCUGAAGCAGCGAACUGAAAGUGCUCAAACUUUGCGUGACAGAAUAGCUUCUGGAGAGAGCCUGGAGCCCAAGUUCAAGCAGACGACGUUGAGCCGGCUGCUUCAACCAAAGCGAAUGAGCAAGGAAAAGAAGGCCGAAAUUCUUAAGAUCCGUAAGGAGUUGGAGAUUGCCAAAUUUAGAACAAAAUUAUUAGAACAAGAGAGAAUUAGAAAGGCUGGAGAGCUGAGAGCGCUCAACCAGCGACAUCUGAGUAUUAUGGAAGAGAAUCAAGAUCUGGGCUCUCUGCUGAUGGAGCGUUAUCGUGAGCUCCAUAAAGACAUGGAACGGCUGCGUGAAUGGAAGCAAAAUCACAUACAGAUGCGCGAAUGUUUUGUUCAGACAUCAGCCCAGCUAGCAUACCGUAAACGUCAACUUAUAUCUGAUUUAAAUUUCAUUUAUCCAAUAAGACAAGAGUCGGAGCAUAAGUUUACGAUUAGUAAUGUACAUUUACCAGAUAGUGAAGAAUUGGAUACUGUAAACGAUACUCAGACGGCUGUGGCGCUUGGUUACGUUUGUCAUGCUACUCAGAUCAUCGCCAACAUACUCAAUGUUCCCACAAGGUAUCCAAUUAUUUACAGCGGUUCGCGCAGCAGAAUACUAGAUCAUAUUACCGAGAAUUAUCCAUCAAAAGAUCGGCGAUCGCCUUUGUUCGCGAGAAGUAAAGACAAAGUUCAAUUUAAUUAUGGAGUUUAUUUGUUGAACAAAAAUAUUGCUCAACUAAGAUGGUACUGUGGUCUUCCUACCUCUGAUCUACGCACUACACUGUCUAAUUUAGCUUCACUGAUGAAUUUAAAGCCGAGUCAGUCGCUGGAUAAUUCCAAGAGAACUUUCUCAGGCUCAUCAUUAGACACUGACAAUAGUAAUGGUAAGCAACAUAAUAUAUCACUGACUCCGCCGUUUCAAAAAAUAAUUAUUGACAAAGAAUUGAAGCUGCAUCGACCAAUGAGGACCAUGAGCCAGUUGAAAAAUUCUAAAACAACUCUGGGUUCGUCUUUGGACCAAGGAUUAGAUAAACCGUCGGCUGCUCUGGUGCUGGGUACGGAAACCAAGCGGAUUUGUAAAUCAGAAGAAAGUGCUAUUGAUGACAAAACGAUAUCGCUGUUUCGCGACAGGCUGAGUAACAGCAGCGAGGAGAAUGUUUACAUGGGUGAGAAAGGCAGAAGGUUUAAUAAAGAAUCUUUAUCGACGCCUGGGACUAUUGAAACUGAUAUCGAGAUAACGAUACCCACGUCUAUAUGUUGCAAUCCAAAGUACGAUGACUCAAAUUCUAGGCAGAGAAGCUCGAAUUCUAUCAGCAGCUGUGAAAUGGCUUUGAGUAGCUCGACGACAGACGUUGAUAGACGCAGCAAUAAUCCUGGUGAUAAAGUUAAUGGCGGAGAGUAUCCCUCGCUGGUCGAGGUGCUCGAGGCUACUUUAAUGCGAUCUGUUAAAAAUAGUCUGAGUCAUCAGCAUAAUUAUCAGCAGUAUCGGCGUGCUGACGACGAACAUUCUAAUAGUGCAAUGUCGAGUGAGAGUUCAAGCUCGGCGUUAGAGAAGACUGAAAAUGAGAGAAGUCAAGAGACUUUGACGUACUUGAAUGAUAAAAAGAGUGUCAAUGGUUCUGUGGGUGAUAUUAAUAGUAGUGAGACACUGUCUAGUUCCGUUGUGUCGCUGGUUAACACUGCGAACUCGUGUCAACGAGCUCAAACUAGGUCUGACAUUGCUUCUAGUUGUCCUGAAAGUGCUAAAUCUUUCUACGACGACAGGUAAACUAUUGAUUUAAUCAAUUAUUAUAUAUAAAUCGGCGGCCCAAUUUCAAAAUACAGUAACUGACAAUUUUAAGAUUUUAAAAAAUUUUUCUUGUUAAAAAAAAAUUUGUGCGCCUAAUCGAUAAAAAAUUUGAUUUAUGAAUAGAAAAUACUUGAAUAUAAAUAUUUUUAUAAAAAAAUACUUUAAAUUAAGAUCUAAAAGUUAUAAGAAAUCCAGUAAUACUAAAAAAGAUCAGGUAUAAAAAUUUUGCAGUUACUGUGUUUUAAAAUUGGGCAGCCGAAAUGUUUUAUGAAUAAAUUUAUUCAUUUUUUUAUAAAUUUCAGCGAUGUAGUGACUCAGAAAAAUUGGAGAACUGAGUCAAAUCCUAGCAUAGAAACAUUAACAGGGUACGAAGAAGUAAAAAAGAGAGAAACUAUAUCAGUUACAUCUCAAUCUCAGCCAAAUAAAGUGCAAGAAGUGAUAAACGAUUAUCGUACGUCUUCAGAAUUUAUAGACUCGAUACGGCGAAGCUCGGAAAAUGUUUUUGCAAGAACAGAAGCGUUAGCAAGUAAAAAAACAAGUUUCAAAGUUAUGAAACCACGUUCAUAG